AUGAACCUCUCAAUCUUCCGGCCGGUCCUCCGUCCGUUCAAACCCCAAAUAGUCCGCCCGUCGAGCGUCUUCCAGCGAAUCGCGCAAUGCCCGCAAGCAAGAAUACCAGCAUACACAUCGCCCUUCUCAUCCACAUCGCGAAUGCAGAAGAGGAGUAAGAAGGGCGGCGGCCAGGACCCACGAAUCACGUCCAUCCGCUACCAUCUCUCCCAUCCCCUCACUCCCCGGCCCCUCCACUUCAGUCGGAACCGUCACCUGCGCCACUGGACGAUUCACCGCGCGUGGAUGCUCUUCCUGCGCAAACGUCGCUGGGCCGAGGAGCGCGACCUCGAGCGCCAAUACAUGUCCAUGCGCGCCGCCUGUGAACACCUACGUCUCCUCGAUCAAAACGGCAAUAGAGUGAGCGAACAGGAGGCUGGUGGCCAGGGGCCAGAUGCCGGACGCCUAGGCAUGAGGGGAAGGGAGGUGGGGAGACUGUAUAGGAGUGCCAUGUUGAAGAGGGGGGUUUGGGGGAGUGUGCCGGUCGAGUAUGCGAGGGUGCAGACCGAUUUUCCAGGACGGGAGGGGUGGAACCACGCAUGGACGAGGAACUAG